AUGUAUCUUAAAAUUUUUAAAUCUGAGUAUGCAAACAUGCCAUUCACUUUAAGUUCACAAGAAAACUGUAAAAAUGAUAUGGUUCAAAUGCAAUCCAUCAAUCUGGUUUGUCCAGUAUGUGAUGCUGGAUACAUAAAUAAAAAAGAAUUUUACAAUCAUUUACGUAUCCAUGCUGGAGAUGUAUUAUUGAAACAUGUGCAAUACUUAAAGAAGGAUGAAAAUUAUGAGUCACAGACAGAUCAGAAACAUUUUAGUCAAAAGAAGAUUGAUGAUAAUUUGUAUGAAACUGUAUUAAGGCCAUUCAAAUGCCAGCAAUGCAAUUUAACUUUUGAUAGAGCUUCUCAAUAUGAUUAUCAUCACCGAAGUAUACACUUGGGUGAAAAGUCACAGCUCUGUGAAAUCUGUGGAAAAGGUUUUUUUCGCAAAGCAGACUUGAGAACCCAUUUAAACAUCCAUUUGGGUACAAAUAUUUGUAUCUGUGAAGUUUGUGGAAGAAAAUUUAAUCAUAUAUCUAAUUUGAUUCGACAUUGCAGAAUGCAUGCUGGGGUAAAAUUAUAUCCAUGUUCUAUUUGUGGUAAACGUUUUACUCAGAUUAGUUCUCUUGCAAGACAUAAACGUAUUCAUGACAGAGUUAAGGAUGAUAAACAUCAGUCACAAAGUACUUCUAAUACUGGAAAUGAUGAGAAAAAGAAUGCAAUGAACACGAAUAAGUUUGUUGAAGGUAAUACUCCUAGUCAACAAAAGGUUGUCAAGAGACAACAUUAUUGUAAAGUUUGUGGUGAAAGUUUCAAUUUUAUCUUUUUCUUGAAGGAACAUGAAAAGUCACAUGUGCAAAGUUUGAAAUGCAAAAACAAUGAGGUGAAAGAGCCAACUGCAAAACUUAAAGAGUAUAAACCACACACCAAUAGUUUUGAUUUUCUUGAAAAUGAAAUAAAUAUUAAAAAAGUAUUGCCAUUGGACACAAUCAUUUAUAUUACAUCAGAACAGUUGAAAAAAAUCAAUCUGGAAAAUAUUGAUGAUACUAGAAAUCAUGUUUCUCAAGAAAAUUUAUGUGAAACAAAAAUUUUAACAACUGAAGACUUAGGUAUCACUGACAAGGUAGUAUUUAACAAUGAACAAACUCAACUUGUUCAUGAUAGUCCACUUCUGUUAUGUAAGUCUAAUAAUUCUGCAGAAAGAGAAAAUGUAACAUAUGUCUGUCAAUUAGAUGAAAAUGUUCUUAAAAAUAAAUUAUGUAUACAAACAUGUGAACCAGAUUUACAGAAAGUAGAAACAAUACCAAAUUACAGCACCCUCAUAAAUACUUCUAUAAAUGUUGCUGAUUUGUUUCAAAAAAUAGAUCUUUCAGAACCUAGUACUAAUGAACAUCUUAAUUCUGACCCAAAUAUACAAAAGCAUCACGAAACAAAUUUAGUACAAAAUGAAAAAAUAUCAGACGAUUUAAGUGAUGUAAAUAAUAUUGUAAAUCACGACGAACCAAUGUUACGUUUAGUACAAACGGAAACAGGGGAACAAUUUUACGAAUUUCUAAUUAACAAUUUAGUCGAAAAAUUACCGAGUACGCAAUCCGAGAAAACUUCAGAAAACAAAGAUGAAAAUACAGAUAUGAAUGAUGAGAAUCAUCAAGAACAAAACAUACGAGAUGAUGUACACAAUGACUUAAAUUAUGCACAGUAUGAAUUACAAAAUGAAGAAAAAAAUUUUGUUACAAGUCAGAUUCUAUUGGAUACUCAAACUGAUUUUGAUAAAUAUGUCGAUACAAAUUUCGAAGUGUUCGAGAGAUUAAAUUACGAUGACAGUUCAGAACGAUUCCUUGAAUUUGUUGAGAAUACAGGACUUGAAAAUCAGAAUGAAAAAAUUUCAGAAUGUAGCAAAGAAAAUGAAGAGUUUCUACAGUUUCAAAAUUUCACUCAAAUUGAUACCAUACAACAGAAUGAAAAGAAUAUUACUAUUAACGACAAUAGUAAUGACAAUAGUAAUCCAAUUGUUGAAAAUGAUGACAAACAAGAGCAUAGCAAAGAUAUAAUUAGUAGCAGUGAAAUAUAUGAGGAUCAACAGGAAUUAAAAAAGUCAAAAUCGUUUUUAAUAAAAUUUCAAUGUACAGUAUGUGAAAAGUCAUUUUCAACUAGCUACAAUUAUAAACAACACAUAGGUACUCAUUUUGCAGAUCAACAGAAAUUUCAUUGUAAAGAUUGUAAAAUGUCUUUUGCUUGGAAGUCAACAUUGAACAAACACAUUGCAAACAAUCAUAGACCAGAAGGUCCACAGAAGUUUGCAUGUGAUAUAUGUAAUAAAAUUUACAAUACUUCUUCACAAGUAAAUGAACAUGUAAAACGCGAUCAUUUAAAGCAGCGAAACCAUGUUUGUUCUCAAUGUGGUAAAUCAUUUUUUAAAAAAUAUGAUUUGAAAAUACACAACAGAAUUCAUACUGAUGAACGACCAUACGUUUGCCGCGCUUGCGGGAAAAGGUUCCAUCACCGAAGUCAUAUUAUUCGCCACGAACGUAUUCAUUUUUAG